AGUAAUUAUAAAAAUGCUAAAAAUGUUAAAUAAGGGUUUAUUAUUUAUUUAUUGUUUCCGGCGCUGCUGGGUCAGAGUGUUAGUGGGAGGAGCAUGCUGGGGAAGAUGGCAGCCUCCGUGCUGGAGCAUGGAGAAGACCAGUUCAGGAAUAUCUUCAGAUUAUACAGGCGCAGAAAUCCUCCCCCCGACCUCAGCCAGGUCAUCGAUUUCUCCGGAAAUGUACAACAUGAGCAGGUUUUUGCUACUGAGCUGGACGGCAGCAGAGUUCAUGAUGAAGCUGCCUCUAGAGCAGGACUUCGGCCUGUUAAAGACUGGAGAGCUUUUAGCCUUCAGACUCAUCCAGGCUUCUUAUUCAUCUCCAAUCCCUUCCUGCCGGGCUCACAGCAGCACUGGGUAAAGCAGUGCCUGAAAGCAUAUCCACAGAAACCCAACGUGUGUAACCUAGAUAUGCACAUGUCGCCUGCUGAGACUGAGAACAUCUGGGAGAGAAGUGUUGAUAGCAUUCGGAAGAAGGAGAAGAGCAGGCCGAAGACGCUGCUGGAGAAACUCCGUUGGGUGACUCUGGGCUACCACUACAACUGGGACACUAAGACAUAUUCUGCAGAUCACUUCACUCCCUUCCCUCAGGACCUUCACUCUCUGUCUGAAACAGUGGCUGCAGCCUGUGGCUUCCCUGGCUUUAAAUCUGAGGCUGGAAUUCUCAACUACUACCGCUCAGACUCCUCUUUAGGAAUCCACGUCGAUGAGUCUGAACUCAAUCACACUUUUCCACUUCUGUCUUACAGCUUCGGACAGACAGCGGUCUUCCUCCUGGGAGGAACUAAAAGGCAGGACCCGCCCACAGCCAUGUUUAUGCGCAGCGGUGACAUCAUGGUGAUGUCUGGCUCCAGUCGGCUGCUGUACCACGCCGUGCCCUGCAUCAUACCGGCCCCUGCUGCCCAACCGCUACCUCCCUGCCUGGACCAGCGGCAGGAGAAGCAGCCAGUGAGCGGAGGAAUAAUCCAGGGCGUGUCUGAAGAGGACUGGGAGGUGUGUUCCAGGUACCUCCUGACAUCUCGGGUCAAUAUGACCGUCAGACAGGUACUGGGAGCAGGUCAGACUUUCCCCACGACCCAGUCAGCUGCUGGAGAGUCAAGAGAAGUGUCUGAAUCCAGGAGUGGAUAUGAUGAGGAGUCAGAAGAUGCAGCUCAGAAUGCAAAGAAGAGGAAGAACGAGUCGAGAUAUGAGGCUGACUCUUGACGUUUAGCUUUGAUUUACUUUUAUUAAGCCCAGCUCAAAUUGACCCAACAUUUCUUAACAGUUUCCAAAGGACUUUAAGGGUAUUUAAGGGUAUUCUGGUAAAGUUUUGCAGUCAGGUAGAGGGAAGAUCCUCCUUUUUUUUCAGCUCUUUAUUGAACUCUCUCCAAAACAGGUGGGUUCUACAAAGCAAACGACUCAAAAGCCAGACUAUCCCACACUGUAAAAAUUUGAAAGUUGAGAAAACUAAAACUUUUAAGGCAAUUUACUGCACUAGAUUUUUGUGUUUUGAGGCUAAAUCAGACUUCUGCAUCCAAAACCUUUAGUUCAGGUAAUUCAUUUUUUUAUAUAUAUAUAUAUAUAUAUAUAUGUAUAAUUAUGUUUUUAAAUUAAAUUCUGUUAAAUGUGUAUUGUGAGGUCUGCUAACUACCCUUUAGGAGCAAUAACAACAAAAAAGUGUAAAUUAUACAUUUUACAUUAAUCAAAUUCAUGCAUUUGGCCUAACACUUGUUUUUUUUGUUCAUUUAGUUUACCAACAUACAUAUGUCAUAUUGCCGGCCAUAUGAACUAAUUGCAAUAAUGCAAAUAUGACCAGCUGGACCCAGCCGGCAUAUAGUCUAUAUACACUCACCAACACACCAACUUGCUCUUACAGCCUACAACACUCAGGCCAGUUAACUAUUAUAUAAAAGGGCAUACAUUGCACAAGUACAAAUAAAAUGCCCAAUAUGCAAACAGAUGUUGCCAGGAGACAAUGGAAAAGGUGUAGGUGUCCCUGAAAAUGGAUGUAGUUUACACGAAGCCAACUGCGUCAACGACAAGUGAAUACCCCUGGAGAUUUGCUUAGUAGACCCAGUUCAACCAAAGCAGGUGCAGUAGUGCAGAAUCAUUGGCUUGGCCUUAACUGGGGUUCAACUACAAUUUGUAAAUUUUUUAAACACAGAUUACAUAUAAAUUCGGGUCCGAAUCAAGUCUGCUUGUUGAGUACUCCUGUUCUAGAUCAAGAUCAAUACUGUAAAACUGUGGGAAUGGGAGAGAACUUUAAGAACAUUCUGGAGUGCAGUAAAUAUAGAGGCUGUUUUAGACUAAGAUGAAUACUGUAAAAAAAAAACUGUCUAGAGUAACACAAAUUGGGUAAAGAGCAUUGAGAUCAGUGUGCAUGGUGCAUCAGUGUUGAGAACCAGACAGAGAAAGAGAGAGAGUUCCAUGUGGGGAAUGUUGGGUCAUUGUGUCUUUGGUUUUUAGCAAUAUCUGAUCAGGAAACGGAAGGAGUUAUUUGGUUGACUGCUAUUUAUUUUAAUAUACACCAUUAUUAAUAUGUAAAUAUGUGAAUAAACCAUCUUUUAGACCUUC